AUGCAGACUGUGGUCAGAUGGCGCCGACCCUCGGAAAUUGAGUCCAGCCGUUACCCGAGUGCCGCCAACCCCUGCACCUACCUGCUCGGCAACUCACUGUGUUACGUGGUGUCCGGAAGCUUCCUGCUGGUCGUCGGGGUCAUUAUAACAUCCUUGACCUUCCAGAACCUCGACAGCUCUAGUGGUGAAAACAAGGAAAGGUAUGCUGGGCCGGUGCUGAUCGCUGCCGGAGUGCUAGUGAUGGCUCGAGGGGCGCUGGGUCGGCUGUGGCCGCGGAGAACCACCUUGUCUUCCAGACGACAGUCCUUGCUGCGUCGCUACAUCAGGGAAAUCUACAGCAGACCAAUCUUUGCCUUACAGCGAAAUUCCACCUUCAGCCAUUGUGACUUGGAAGUAUCCGACUUGUACCACGUUUCCUCCCGGUCACGAUUGUACAGUGACGACCCGCCUUCGUACGACAUAGUAACCAACAGCGACUACCUUUAUCCUGAUGCAUAUGUGCACGCCUACACAAACCCAGCCAAUGAGGUUGAAGAUGAAGAAGACAUUUACCCUACUCCGUUUCCACCACGAAUUGUGAUUGGUUCCAUAUCUGAGCCGGACACCCCCAACGAAUCUCAUUGCCUGCCUAAUGAGGAUCACAGCCCACCCCCUUCGUAUGAUGAGUACAUAUUGUCAACAAAUAUGAAGACAACAGCUUUGUAG